CGCCGAUAUGUCUGUCCGGAGACACAUUGGGAAUCCUGAGUAUCUGACCAAAAGAAUACCACAAAACCCAAAGUAUCAGCAUGUCAAGUCAAGACUGGACACUGGUGCCAGAUAGAGCUUGCUCUAUUGACUUGAAGCAAAGGAAAGCAUGUCCAAGUGAAAAAUCACCUCUGGCUUGAGAACCAGACUGUAGUUCAUUCAGAAACCAGAAUGAUCCUGGCCCAGUUUUAAUGUAACAGUAUGACUAAAUACAUUGAGAAGCUAGAAGAGAUCAAAAAAAAUUACAGAUACAAAAAAGAUGAGCUUUUCAAGAGAUUAAAAGUUACCACCUUUGCCCAACUGGUCAUCCAGGUUGCUUCCUUGUCAGAUCAAACACUGGAAGUGACAGCUGAGGAGAUUCAAAGACUAGAAGACAAUGAUUCUGCGACUUCAGACCCUGAUGCUGAAGUCACUGCCAGCACCAAUGGGAAGGGGAGCCCCAGUGAGCAGUCGCCGAGCCCUGUCCAGUUCAUCAACAGCGUGGGAGCGGGGGACUCCAGUCGCUCCACACUCCAGAGCGUCAUCAGUGGUGUUGGAGAGCUGGAUCUAGACAAAGGGCUGGUGAAGAAAGCAGAGCCCAACAGCAGAGACAAGCCGUAUCCCGACUGCCCCUUCCUGCUGCUAGAUGUGCGCGAUAGAGACUCUUACCAGCAGGGCCACAUUGUCGGAGCUUACAGUUACCCAAUCGCAACUCUGUCUAGAACAAUGAACCCUUAUUCAAAUGAUAUUCUUGAAUAUAAAAAUGCUCACGGCAAGAUCAUCAUUCUGUACGACGACGACGAGAGGCUGGCCAGCCAGGCGGCCACCACCAUGUGCGAGCGGGGAUUCGAAAACCUCUUCAUGCUUUCCGGAGGUCUCAAAGUCCUAGCUCAGAAAUUCCCCGAAGGACUGAUGACAGGUUCCCUGCCAGCAUCUUGCCAGCAAGCCCUUCCUCCUGGUUCUGCCCGGAAACGAUCCAGCCCCAAGGUGCCGCCCCCGCCGGCGGAGAAUAAGUGGAGAUUCACCCCAGAAGACCUCAAAAAGAUAGAAUAUUACCUGGAAGAGGAGCAGGGCCCGACAGACAGUCUCAGCCGGCUGAGCCAGGCUAACGCCUCGGCCAGAGACUCCAAGGCGCCCAGCUCCCGCGGCAGCAGCCAGGGCCUGUCCUCCGGGGGCCCCGCCGGCCACGCCAGCCCCCGCUCCCAAGGCAGCGGCCACCUGCAAGGCAAGCCCUGGAAGUAAAGACUGUCUGUCCCACUCAAAUAAAUGUUUUCUCUCCUUGCGGACCCCCGAGCAGUUCCCCAGCCGGUCCUUUUCAGACCAGGACACGUGUGGUCUCCAGCUCCGGAAGGGUUUGUACACGUACCAAGGCAGCGCCAGCUCCUGUCCGCCCCCAUCCACACCAUAUUCACGUCUCUGGAACCGAGUGGGAAGAAAGGGUCUCGUGGGGGUGGGGUAAGGGUGGGGGUGGGGGUUUCGUGUUUGAAAUAGGGCCCAGCCUGCCUGGGUGUGUAUCCCGUGCUGCUGUGUACAUACUUCAGUCACAUCUGGGGUGUUCUCCCCCCCCCAGUUCUUCUCCACUUAUGUUCUUAGUUCCACGGAGGUUGCCCAGAGAGGCUGUGCUGCCUGAGAAGCUGGCCCUGGGGUGCGGUGACGCUUAGCUCUCAGCCUCCCGGAGCCCCCAGGGGGGCUCGCAGGCUGGACGCUCUCCCCAGCGCGGAUACGGGCCCUGCGGUGAGUUUGGAGGCUGGUUCUGCAAGCAUCGCUCCAUUCUGAGAUUCAGCGCAGCAGCUCCUCCUGAAGCCAAUGCCUUCACCGGACACGGCCUCCCAGAAACCCCGGCCGUCCAGAGCCCCCGGAGCUGCCCCUCACGGGUGGUCUGUUAGGAAUUUCCAUCACCCACUUGCCCAUCCCACCUUAGACAGCAGCCAUGAGGGCCCCUGGUAAACAUCAGCUCCGGGGGCUGGGAGGGGGGGCCUGAGGGCACACAGGUGAGGACCCCUCCGCGCCCUUUGUCAGAGCUGACAGCCCCUUAAGCCCUUGCUUAAAAUACAGUAUUAGUCUAAUUGAGUAAUUAGUGCAAUUUCCUACUUACUUUUCAUUCUCGUGGCUGAGCUGUGAUUAGGAGGUUGUGAUUAUAGAUUCUGGUUUGGGCCAGAAUUUUGAAUCAGCAUUAAUUGAAUUGCUAGAUGACUGACAUUCGUUCCAUUUAAUUGGGGGAACAAAAGACCUCAGGUAAGGAUGAGGAACUCUGAAAUCAUCAGGAAAAGGAAGAGAGCCUUGUUAAUUUUUAUGGUCUGUGAUCUGUAGCUGUGAUAAGGAACUGAGGAAUAAAUUGUGCUUUUUGUCAUGGCAACCAGCUUCUGAAAAGCCAACUGAAAAUUGCCUAUCCUUAGGUGGUUACCGCUGCUGGGUAAGAUUCGCCUUCACGGCACUAUUUUCUCGCCAUCAGGAAAAAAAAAAAGAAAAAGAAAAAAGGACCACAGUAUUUCUAGCCAAGGGGGCUGUGUUUGUAAGAGAAGUAAAGGUAAUAAAUAUCUCAUAGAUCCAUAUGGAAAAAGAACUUUCCGAUUCAGCCCAGUGCUCUUUCAGUAUGUUUAUUCCUCUCUCCUUGAUUUCCAAAGUAUAACAUUUUCCAACGCUUUAGAAAUCAAACAAACCAGCGACAUUGUUCAGAUGUCAAGCCAUGCCCAGUUUUCCACAAGAUUCAAGAAUCUUGUAUAAAAUUCAGCCAACGUACACAUAGCUUUAAUGAGGAGCCUGUCAUGUUUCCCCAUAAAUUUAUUGCCUGAGAACUAGCGCAGCCCUUUUGCUAAUGCCAGAACGCUCUGGCUUUUUAUUUUCUUUACAACAUACAUUUUUUUUAAUGCAAAUUUUUCCACCCUCAGCUUUCCCCUAGCACAGACAAGAUUUCCAGCCUUUUUGACACACGCGCAUUUUUAAGGAGAAAAAGAAAAUGUUUUCUCUGUCACAGAGUUCUGGUUAUGCCAUUUUAAAGUUGACGAGUCAGGAGUUUAGGUUUCCCUGCUGGAUUCAGUUUUGAGGGUCACUGGUAGCCCCCUUCCUUCCCCUUCUGCAUCCCCAUCACCAAACGACACUCGAGUGUUGGAAACGGCUGUGUGUAGGUGGAAAGUCAGGUUAGCCAAACCCCUCAGAACGGCCGUGCGUUCAGCCGAGCCGUCUGGCAGGCCGUGUGUUUACGUGUUGUUCUCCAUAGUGCUUUGCCCUGUUGGUAAGGAUUUUAAGUAACGAUUCCUAAAGACCUGUUCUGACUCCGCACUCCGGGUGCUAAGUGGCACUCGCGGUUUUUACACGCUCAAGGUAUUGCUUUGAAUGUUUGACUUUACUCGUUUCCGCGUUAGGUUAACUGACAUGUAUUAUUUAAGUGAUCAGCGAUACUCUGUGCAAUUAUGAAUGUUGAACAUUAAAGUACGUAGUUA